CCACAUUUGGCAUUCUUUCAUUGUGACAUGUCUCCCACUAAAGGUGGGAGUUUCUAGACAGACUGCAUUGUGAGAAAAAAGAAAAGGUAUUUCUUGAUACAAGGGAAAGGUGUUUAUUUCAUUAUUGAGGGUUGGAGUGAAGAGGAAAAACCAUGUGCUAUUACAUUAUAGAACAAGAGGAAUCUUUAUUUCAGAAACCGCAAGGCGUUAUGUUUAACGCUAACGCUCAAAACCCGGUUUCAUUGAACCCACGUGGCUCUUGCUUCUUAUUAGUUCUCUAUAUAUUACACAUUUGCAUUGCCCUGUUCUCUUCAUCACUUGUUUCAGAGAUCCGGAGGUUUAUAGAAAGAGAGAAACAAAUGGCUACUCUUAUAGUUCCGGAGCAUGUCCCUUCUCCAGUUGAAGAUGCAGAGCAACUCAGGAAGGCUUUCCAAGGAUGGGGGACUGAUGAUAAGACAGUAAUUGCAAUCCUGGCACACAGGAACUCAACGCAAAGGAAACAUAUUCAAGAAGCCUAUGAAGAACUCUACAAGGAGUGUCUCACCAAAAGGCUUGAAUCUGAACUCAAUGGUGAAUAUGAGAAAGCUGUGUACCGUUGGAUGUUCAAUCCGAUUGAAAGAGAAGCAGUUCUUGCUAACAUAGCACUGAAGAAGAGUGUUGAUAACCCUGUUAUCAUUGAAAUAGCCUGCAUAAAUUCACCUGCUGAUCUUCUUGUAGUGAAGCAAGCAUAUCAAGCUCUGUACAAACACUCUUUGGAGGAAGAUGUGGCUGCACGCAGUUCCGGAGACUUGCGGAAGCUCCUCACUGGAUUAGUGGGCACGUAUCGGUACAAUGGCGAUGAGAUCGACGUCAAAUUAGCUCAGUCAGAGGCCUUAAUUCUCCAUGAAGCUAUCAAGCGCAAGAACUAUAACCAUGAAGAUAUCAUUAGAAUUCUGACUACUCGGAGCAAGGCACAACUCAAUGCUACAUUCAAUCGUUAUAAGGAUGAACAUGCCAUGACCAUUACCAAGGCUUUGUCUGCUGAUUCUGCAAAUGACUUUGUCUCAGCUUUGUAUGUCACUAUAAAAUGUAUCGUCUCUCCUCUCAAAUACCAUGAGAAGCUUCUGCGCAAUGCGCUUAACAAGUCUGAUGAUGACUCACUGACUCGUGUGAUCGUCACUCGUGCCGAAAAAGACUUGAAUGAGAUCAAGGAGCUAUACCUCAAGAGAACCAACAUCACUCUUGAACAAUCAAUCUCCAAGAAAGAAUCAGGGCAUUACAGGAGCUUCCUCCUUGCCUUACUGGGCAACUGAGUUCAUUUCACAAAGCCAUAUGCUCUAUCUACCUAUGGUUUUUUAUCAGUGCUUGUGUGUGUGUGUGCUGUUUCCUUUUCUGUUGCCGGUUUGUGAUCUUUUAUUAUAUAUUGAGAGCAUGAUAUGAUAUUAGAACUA